AAGGCGAAAGUGAUGUCACAAAAACGCGACUAGACCGUGGGAUAGCAUAUUUUUUGCUCGGUUCUACGUAGUUUGUAAACAUGCCGCUUUGCUAUCAAAAUUCGAGUAUUUAGCGUUUGCAACAAACAGCCACUAAAUUUAAUUGGAGUAAAUCGUGUGUACAUGACGAAAAGGAACAAUAUUUACUUCAAAAAGAGAACAUAGUGUUGCAAACUGUCAGUGAACCUGAGACUUUCUUGUUGUUUCUAAAUUUUGCCGUUUGUUUUUAUUGGGGUUUAGCCCCCUCGGUUCAACUUUGUAACUUUCUUACUGUGUUAUUUCUAACGUUAUUGCUAGAUAUGGAGGGCACCUCCAGUGGGAUUUUACAAAAUUCAGCGAAUGUCCCCGCUUUCCUCAUUAAACUUUGGACAUUGGUGGAGGAUCCGGACACAGAUUCGCUCAUCUGCUGGAGUCAGAGUGGGACAACAUUCCACGUGUUUGACCAAGCCAGAUUCUCCAAGGAAGUAUUGCCCAAAUACUUCAAGCAUAAUAACAUGGCCAGUUUUGUCCGACAGCUCAAUAUGUAUGGCUUCCGCAAAGUUGUCCAUAUUGAGCAGGGUGGCCUGUUGAAGCCAGAUAAAGAAGACACAGAAUUUCAGCAUCCUUACUUUAUCAGAGGUCAGGAGUACCUGCUGGAAAACAUCAAACGCAAAGUCACCAAUGUCUCCAAUGUGAAACAUGAGGACGUCAGGCUCGGCCAGGAUGAUAUCAGCAAAUUACUGAGCAGCGCCAAGUCCAUGAAGGGAAAGCAGGAAAGCAUGGAUUCCAAAAUCAUUGCCAUGAAGCAUGAAAAUGAGGCACUGUGGAAAGAGAUAGCCACCCUGAGACAAAAGCAUGCUCAGCAACAGAAAGUUGUCAACAAGGUCAUUCAGUUCUUAAUUUCACUGGCACAGUCCAAAGGACUUCUGGGACUGAAGAGAAAAAUUCCUCUGAUGCUGGGCGACAGCAGCUCAGCCCACUCCCUGCCGAAGUACAGUCGGCAGCUCUCUCUCGAACCCUUGCCAGGUUCUUCUGCCUUCUCUGCUGCCUCCUCACCGCUCACAGGAGAAGCCCUCCUCACAUCUGAACCUGUACAGUCGGGACCAACCAUCUCUGACAUUACUGACCUGGCACAAUUAAGUCCCACUGAGGCAACCAGUAGGUGGACAGAGGAGAUAAUCCCCCUAGUGGAGGAAGUGGGCCCCGUGGGCGUGGCCAUCGCUGAGGAAAGCCCUUUAUCUCCCUCCACCUUCAUCGACUCCAUACUGCAGGAGAGCAAGCCAGUCCCAGCAAGCCAAUCCCAGCCAAUCCCUGUAAUCCCACCCCUGCCUGAUGACAGCCAAAAUUGUCUCAACAUGGCUUGUCUGGACAAUUCUUCCCAGAUGUCAGAGGUCUGUUGUGUUGUCCCCAGUCCUCCCUCAUCACCCCUUCAUGCCAGAGUGCACCCAUGGAAUGAGCUGAACGAGCAUGUGGAGCAUAUUGACUCUGGUCUGGAUAACCUACAAACAAUCCUGAACAGCCAGGCAAUCAAUUUUGACUCUUCAUCCCUUUUUGAGAUGUUUAGUCCCUCAGACAAAGAAUUCAGCCUUCCAGAUCUGGACACCAGCCUUUCAAGUUUUCAAGACUUGCUCAUGCAGGACCCGGAGGCAGAGAUGGGCGAGAACUCUGGGAAACAGCUGGUUCAAUACACAGCCCAGCCCGUUCUGGAUGACCUGAUCAUCCCUGACUGCACCAGGGAUGAGCCGCCUGUCCUGCUGGAGGAAGAGGCCUUCUGUGGCAAUGCAGAAGAAACAGACCCCAGCACAUCACUCCACUCAAACAGUGGCUAAAAGCUAGACAAAGGCAGACAACCUCUCUUAUUUUUUUUAACAAUUGGAUGUAAAACUGUUUUUCUACUCAUUUUUUGUUAUUUGCUAGACACCUCUCAUUACAUUUUUAUAUCUUCGAAGCAAUAUUUAUCUCUGGGGGUAGCUUGCAGCUACAUUCAUUUAAUCUGUGAAAUUAGUUUGAUCUCUGUUAAGGAUUUUGGUUCACCACCAACCAAAAUACAGUGUCUUCGGAAAGUA